AUGGACACAAAGAGCGCAAGCGUUGCCGACGCCAGGGUGGACGAAUUAUGGUCAACACUCGACACGCGCAAACAGGGCCACCUUGACCUCGCAGGCCUCAAGAAGGGGCUGCGAAAGCUGGACCAUCCCUUGAAAAAUGCGGACCAGCUCCUCAAUGAGGUAAUGCAGGCUGUGGAUAUCGAUGGGAACGGAAGAAUCACAGAGCAGGAAUUCCGCAAGUUUGUACACGAAACCGAAAAGGAGCUCUACCACCUAUUCCAGACCAUCGACUACAAUCGCGACGGCAGGAUCUCCAAAGAUGAGCUGCGCUCGGCUUUGCGGACUGCCGGACUUGCUGUUCCCAAUAGCAACCUCGACAAAUUCUUUUCAGAAGUGGAUACCAAUAAUGACGGGACCAUUAGUUUUGAAGAAUGGCGGGACUUUCUUCUCUUCAUUCCGGUCAGCGCACCAUCUCUCCACGCCGUAAUGUCGUAUUUUUCCGCCACUAUGAAGGUCAACCAGGAAGGCGACGUUCUGAUCAGUGACGACACAAUCCAAGGCCUAGGUACUACACAGCGUUUUCUUCGUUUUUUCUUUGGUUCCCUUUUCAUUGUAGCGCACACACCGCCCUACAAUCCCCUUCCAGAGGCUAGCGCACCGCUCGGAGGAAUGGCUUCACCACCUUCAACGAUGGUCUACCAAGGUGCAGGUGCCCUCCCGCCACGGUCUGAAGCCGACAAGAGCAGCGCUUCUUCUUCCAUUGAAGAGAUACCGGCAAAACUUAUAGAGAGCUUAGGAACCAUGCUGAUUGCUUGUGUUCCCAAUCCAGGCUAUUUCGUGGCGGGAGGCGUUGCAGGCAUUGUUUCUCGCACCUCGACUGCUCCGCUCGAUCGUUUGAAAGUCUACCUCAUCGCCCAGACCAGCGUGGCGGAAGAAGCCGUCGUCGCUGCGAAGCAUGGCAAUAUCAUCAAAGCUGCUAUGAAUGCUUGGAGGCCACUUGCGACCGCCACCAGGGAGCUAUGGCAGGCUGGCGGUAUGCGCAGUUUGUAUGCUGGAAACGGGUUGAAUGUCGUCAAGGCUGCGAAACGCGUCUUUGCCAAGAUCGAAGGCCACAAUGACCCUGCCAUAAUACAUUCCUGGUCGAAAUUCGUUGCUGGUGGUCUAGCUGGAAUGGUCUCACAAUUCGCCGUAUAUCCCAUCGACACGUUGAAGUUCCGCAUGCAAUGCGAAACCGUCUCCGGCGGCCUUCACGGCAACCGCCUCAUCUGGGCCACGGCAAAGAAGAUGUGGAAUGCUGGAGGCGUCGCCGCAUAUUACCGCGGACUCCCUAUGGGUAUUGUGGGCAUCUUUCCCUAUGCGGCUCUCGAUCUAGGUACCUUUGAGUAUCUCAAACGCUACGUCGCGCGCCGCAACGCUAAACGCCUUGGCUGCCAUGAACAAGACGCCGAACCGGGAGGCUUCAUGACGGCCGCUAUUGGCGGCUUUUCUGGGGCGUUUGGUGCUAGUGCAGUCUAUCCACUUAACCUCUUGCGAACCCGGCUACAGAGUCAAGGCACUGUCCUCCAUCCACGAACAUACACAGGAAUCAUGGACGUGACGAGGCAGACUAUCAAGGGCGAGGGAAUGAGGGGGCUUUUCAAGGGUCUAACGCCAAACUUACUCAAGGUCGUGCCGGCUGUGAGUAUUACUUAUGUUGUUUAUGAUAAGAGUAAGAAGGCGUUGGACCUGCCCUGA